GGGGCACGCCUUUGUGUCGCGUCACUUCCGGCGCGCAGCCAAGAUGGCGGCGGAGAGCUCCUGCGAGCUGCCCAUGGCUCCUCCGCCGCCAGCGCCCCUCGGGCCGCCUUCCUCCUCCUCCUCCUCGGCCUCCUCGUGCCGCCGCCGGUGCUCCAGCUCCAGCUCCAGCGGCUCGUCGUCGUCCUCCUCGUCGUCGUCCUCCUCGUCGCUGCUCUCCUGGGGCGGCCCUCCCUUGGCCUCGGCUCCGGCUUCUUCCGUGGCGGCGGCGCCUCAGUCCUGCCGCUUGGGGCCCGGCCCUGCCCCGGCCUUGGCCUCUUCGGCGCCCGGGAAGUGGGUCCGGCUGAACGUGGGCGGCACCUGCUUCCUGACCACCCGGCAGACGCUCUGCCGCGACCCCAAGAGCUUCCUCUUCCGCCUCUGCCAGGCCGACCCCGACCUCGACUCCGACAAGGAUGAAACAGGUGCCUACUUAAUAGACAGGGACCCGACUUACUUUGGGCCAGUCUUGAACUAUCUCCGACACGGGAAGCUGGUUAUCAAUAAAGACCUUGCAGAGGAAGGUGUGCUUGAAGAAGCCGAAUUCUACAACAUCACGUCGUUAAUCAAAUUGGUGAAGGAUAAAAUAAGGGAAAGAGACAGCAAAACCUCACAGGUGCCCAUCAAGCAUGUUUACCGGGUGCUCCAGUGCCAGGAGGAAGAGUUGACCCAGAUGGUCUCCACCAUGUCCGAUGGCUGGAAGUUUGAACAGCUGGUCAGCAUUGGAUCCUCCUAUAACUAUGGGAAUGAAGACCAGGCUGAGUUCUUGUGUGUCGUCUCCAAGGAGCUGCAUAACACUCCCUAUGGCAUGGCCAGCGAACCCAGCGAGAAGGCAAAGAGCGAAGACGAGGAGACGGAUUACGAUGUGAAUGACUCAGAUUGAGUGUGAGUGCCACGGUGAGCACUAGGAUUCUGCCCCUCCCCUAUAGCUAGUGAAUUGUGUCGUUGUGCUGUGGCUGCCUUUAACCCCCACCCACUUAAGGUGUGGAAUGUGCUUCUAGGCUUCCUUCCGUCCCAAGUGUGUGCUAGUUACUUCCAUGGAAGUGUGCGUUGUGGCUCAUUUUGCUGUGAAGGGAGUGAAUCUCCAUUGGGGGAGGCCUGAGAGUGCUUUUGCCUGUAGAUCUAGCCCCCUCCCCCUGUUUCAGCACUGAUGGAGAAGCAAAGAGGCCACUGAUGGGGUUGGCCAGGAUAUCAGUAUGGCCCUGUGAAGUAGCAGCCACUGGAGUCCCUCCUGGGACCCUGCCAGAUGGGACUGGGCCAAGUGGCACGAUGUUGGCAGUCGUGCUCCAAAGAGGGGGGACUGCUGGGUGACAUUUGGGGGAGGCAGUCCUAGGCUGCUGCCAGUGGGACCUGGUUCUGCCUUGGUGGCCUUGGGGUCUCUGGAGCCUCAGCCGAAGAGAGGCUGAGAGACUGUGACUUACCCCAAACUACCAGUUGGUUUUCAUGGCUGAGAAACCAGUUAUUUGAACCCAGUGCAUGAUGCUGGGAUGCAGUGCUGUACUUUCCUUAUAAUAUCAGGCCCAGCACAGCAGUUGAAAGGACCAUUGCAAGAACUAAGAGGUUUACUACUGAAUCUUAACCUCUGCCAUGGCUGAAAGGUUGCACAGAGCCUGCAGGCCACAACACAAUCCUUAAACCCACUAUCCAGAUGCUCCCUUUAUUUUCUAUAAGGCAUCCAUCAGUUACAAAUCAAUUUGAAACCCCAGAAUUGAUUUCGGAUCAUUUCAAUUCACAUAUAGAGGUGCAGGAUUAUGCUACAGGGUUAAAAACUGCUCCCAUUGCAGUUAGCCACCUGUAUAUUAAAGGAUCUUAGGAAUAUCUCUCUCCUAGCCUCUCUUCCCAUCUGUGAUACUGGAAACAAUACCACUGAUUUAACUUACAGUGUUGUUCUUAAAAGAUUAGAACUAGGUCACACAUGUGAAUCUUUACAUCCAUUAUAUAGUCAUACAAAGAUUCUGACAAUGUUACUCUUUUUAACAAAGUCUUUAUGUGCCCAUACGUUUUCCUUAUUCUCCAUAAUAAAGUGAAUCAGAGGAGGAGAGGAGCGGAGCUUGGCAGGAGGAAGGGGCCACUGUCCUUCGUUCAAGGCAGAGCUCUGUGGGAAGCUGGAAAAGCCCCUCCUCAGCAGUGGAAGGAUCCCUCUCUCCUUUCCAUGGGUUGCCUCUCCAGCCGCUCUCUCCCCUCCGGCCAUUUAACCAGCUAGCGUGAAGUCAUCUGGUCUCCCUCCUUGUGACUCUUGACUGGCAGGGCUGCUCCUGUGCCUCCCAAGGCAGCUGCUGACCUGAGCCUCUGCCCAAAACAUUGGCCCAUUGCUGGGAAGGGAAGGAGGAAUGUGUCUCCUAUUUCUCUCUUGGCUGCGAUGAGGUGGACAGAUGCUGGAGAUGGUAGUUUUGCAAGGGCUUUGUCUUCAGGAGGCGACCAAAGACUGUAUUGCAGAGCGGCCAGUGGAGACGCUGAAGGUGGCUCAAGCUAGGGGGGAUGUAGGGAUAGAAACAUAGAAUCAUAGAAUAGUAGAGUUGGAAGAGACCUCAUGGGCCAUCCAGUCCAACCCCCUGCAAGAAGCAGGAAAUCGCAUUCAAAGCACCCCCGACAGAUGGCCAUCCAGUCUCCAAAGGAGCCGCCUCCACCACAGUCCGGGGCAGAGAGUUCCACUGCUGAACAGCCCUUCUCACAGUGAGGAAGUUCUUCCUGAUGUUCAGGUGGAAUCUUCUUUCCUGAAGUUUGAAGCCAUUGUUCUGCGUCCUAGUCUCCAGGGCAGCAGAAAACAAACUUGCUCCCUCCUCCUUAUGACUUCCCCUCACAUAUUUGUACAUGGCUAUCAUUUCUCCUCUUAGCCUUCUCUUCUGCAGGCUAAACAUGCCCAGUUCUUUAAGCCGCUCCUCAUAGGGCUUGUUCUCCAGACCUUUGAUCAUUUUAGUUGCCCUCCUCUGGACACAUUCCAGCUUGUCAAGAUCUCCCUUCAACUGCGGUGCCCAGAAUUGGACACAGUAUUCCAGGUGUGGAUCUCCCUGAGAGCCAGAGUGCAGAGCUGCAUGUGGGCUCUGGUUGCGGGCAGGUGAGGGGUUUAAGAAGACUGGGCGCCUCUCCCAAGACUGGGCUCAGAAAAUAUGUUUCAGAUUCCCCGGUGAGCAGUGUGCGAAUAGUAACAUUAAUUGUUUGUGUAAUCUCCUGCUACUCAGGUUGCUCCUGACACGGAAAAAAAAAACCUAUUGCAGUUUGAGACCUCAAAUUUGGAGAAACUUAAGUUUAAUGCCUGUAGCUGGUGCUACAGCUAAAAUUUGAACAAAAUUGCAGAACAUGAUAGUGGGAACUUUAAAAAGUUUUAGACCACUUGGUAUGGAAUGGCUCUUGUAAGUAAACAGGAAGCCACAUGAAUGUAGUAAGCUUGCUUGCUCAGGUGGGAAGCUGCUAGGAUCAGGCAGCAGUCUGUCCAGUCAUCUUUGCAGAGGUUGCGGUGAUAGGGCCUGGCCUGC